AUGGCCUCCACUAGUGAUCCUUUCUGGCAGUAUGAUUUUGACGAUGCCUACUUUGACUCCAACAAUAAGGACAUGGACAUUGAUAGCUGUGGUGAUGACAUGGAUGUUGGUGGCUAUGAUGCUGACAUGGAUCUUGGUGGCUGUGAUGCUAACAUGGAUAUUAGUGUAGACACAGAUUCAAACUAUGACAUUGAGGAGGAAGAGUUUUGGUUUGUAUUUUCACUAGUUGGCGAGAUGGUAGCAUAUUUCCAGCGGCAUUACAACAAGUGCCUAAUGCGUACUAGCAUUCUAAGUGGAAAAGACUAUAUGGCCGAAGUGAAAGAUGGCAAUCCUACCAACUGUCAUGACAUGUUCCGCAUGACAUUAGAUUUGUUCUAUCACUUGGUUGAUGAGCUAAAACAUCAUGGUUACUUGAAGGAAGGGAAAUGGUGUGUUUACGUGCAGGAGUCAAUGGCUAUAUUCUUGUACAUCAUCGGCCAUAAUACUUGGAUGCGACUUGUGGGAGACAGAUUUCAGCAUGCCACUAAAACUAUUGACUGCAAGUUUUGUAGAGUGUUGAGGGCUGUCCACACUUAUGGCCAACAUUUAAUUAAGCCCGAUCCAAAUGUGGUAGGCCUUCCAGAGCAUCUGCAGGAGAACAACAAGUACAACCCUUGGUUUGAGAAAUGCAUCAAAGCUAUUGAAGGCACGCAUAUUAGUGCUCGGCCUCCAACAGAAAGAACCCAGCCUUACAAGAGUCGCAGUGCCAGGGACUCAAAGGUGUUGGAAGAAGCUAUUAAAGACCUGAAGCAUGGAUUCCCAUGGCCACCCAAAGGUUCAUAUUACUUGGUUGAUUCGGGCUAUCCCAUUGGUGCAUCACUUCUGCCGCCACACAAGUCCACUCGAUACCAUGCUCAAGAAUUUAGGAGGAGUAAUAGGCAACUGGCAACAGGGAAAGAGUUGUAUAACUAUAGGCACUUUUCAUUAAGCAUGGUAAUUGAGAGAUGUUUUGGAGUCCUAAAGGCUCGAUUUCCCAUCUUUUCUUGCAUGGCGAAGUAUAAGCAAUAUCGUCAACGUUUGGUUGUUUCUGUGUGUUGUGCGUUACACAAUUUUAUAUGCAUCAAUAAUUGCAGUGAUGUAAUGUUUAACACAUGGGAGAACCUCGAUAUUGAUAGAGAUGAGCAGCAAAAUGGAAAUAAUGGGAAUUAUGCUGAAUCGAGUGCUAGUGCCAAAAGGAGGCAUGUAAGGGAAAUGUCUGAUGCGGCAAAGAGAGAGAUGGCUGCCUUUAGGGAUGAUAUAAUUGAAAGCAUGUGGGAGGAGUAUGUGCGACGUCGAGGUUGA